CGUAGAAAUUAAUUCUACACUCUUUUCACAUAAUUGGCGCAAUGGAGAUCAAUGAGCAACCAUUCUUUCACGGACUUCUUCCACGAGAAGAAGUAAAGCUUUUACUUCAAAAAAAUGGCGAUUAUCUGAUGAGAACGUCAGAGCCUCAAGGACAAGCACGUCAUUUGAUCAUUUCGGUGAUGCAGAACGAGACAAGUCAAGAAGUUGCUCAUUAUGUGAUUCGUACAAGCGACGGAGCAUAUUCAAUCACUGAUAAAAUUAAAUUUGGAACAUUGACUGAGUUAGUAAAUCAUCACAAACAGGCUAAAAUUAGUGAGGAAGUUGCAAGCAGUGUUCUAGUGAAUCCUAUCGGUAGACAAUCAUGGGAACUGAAUCACGCCGAUAUUACAAUGACAAAAGUUCUUGGUGAAGGUGCUUUCGGAGAAGUAAAGCUUGGGACGCUGAAAAUGGGAUCGACUACAGUAGAUGUCGCUAUAAAAGUUGCAAAACUUGAAAAAGUGACUAAAGAACAAAUCAAGGAGAUCAUCACAGAAGCACGUCUGAUGCGCGGAUUCGAUCACAAGAACGUUGUAAAAUGUUACGGCGUGGCUGCAAUCGAUGAACCAUUGCUAGUAGUCAUGGAGUUAGUUCCUGGUGGUGCUCUGGAUAAAUAUCUUCAGAAGAAUUCAUCGGUACAAUGGCCUGAGAAACUGGAUAUAAUCGCACAAGUGGCAGCUGGUCUGGCAUACAUUCACAGCAAAAACAUUAUACACAGGGACAUUGCGGCCAGAAACAUACUCUAUGGAAAAGGCGUUGCUAAAGUCUCUGACUUCGGUUUAUCUCGAGUUGGAACGGAGUAUCAGAUGGAUCCGAGCAAAAGAGUUCCAAUCAGAUGGCUCUCACCAGAAACGAUCGUUUCCUUCCUUUAUACUCCACAAACUGAUGUGUUUGCUUUCUCGAUUCUCUGCUGGGAGGUGAUCGAGAAUGGAGCUCAGCCGUAUCCGGAGAUGUUGGUGGUGCAGGUACAUCAGAAGGUUGGACGCGAUGAUUACCGUAUGCCGAUUAGUCAAAAGGCUCCAGCUAUGCUUGCCGAUGUUAUUAAAAAGUGCUGGAUUCGCGAUCCUCAACAGCGCCCCACUAUGAGCCAAGUUGUCCAGAUGAUGUACGAAAUCACAGGAAAGAAAGAUAAAACCUCGGUCAACAAGUCGACAGGACAGCUCCGUGCAAAAAUGAUGUCUACUGGACCAAUGUCAGAUCCGAUGAGAGAUAAAACUGCUAAAAAGACUGGAAGACGUAACAAGAAGAAACCGUCAAGCGCAUCGAACGGUCCAGGUGGCAACUCUGGGCCUAGUUCGGGUCCAUUGUCUGGUAAGGAUUCGAGACUGAAGAAGCCAUGAAAAUAACUCUCCUAACUAGAUGUUCUCGUGAUAAUAAAACUCGAAGUUUU